CAGUGUCUCCUCCUCUGUUUCUUCUUCACUUUUUUUUACUCAUUUCCUUACUCUUUCUAUUCUGUAACCUGUAACCUGUAACCGUUUCAUUAAACAGUAAAAUGGUUCAGUUUCUGUUAAAACCCAUCAAGGUUUUCACCGGAAAAACCUCUCCUCUGGUGACUUUCGUGGUGAUUCUUAUCCUCGGCAUUCUGGGUUUCUAUUCCCUGCAUUCACCUUCCUCUACUUCCACUUCCCGGCAAGCGUCACGCUUUCGCCACGUGUUCCUCUCUUCCUCCUCUAACUCCACCAUCUCCGACUACCUCCGCGCCCUCACCAUGCACCCUCACCUCGCCGGAACAAAACCAGCCUCCGAAACCACCCGCUACGUCCUCAACCACUUCAACAACCUCGGACUCCGAACCCGAACCGCCUCCUACAACGCCCUCCUCUCCUACCCCGUGCGCUCGUCCCUCUCGGCGCAUUUUAGCGACGGCUCCACUUCGGAUUUCAUCCUCGCCGAACCGGGCCGGUACGGACCGGAAGGCGUGGUGCCGCCGUACCACGCGUAUUCGCCGUCCGGCUCGGCUCGGGCUCGGGCGGUGUUCGUGAACCACGGCAGGGAGGAGGACUACCGCGCCCUGGCGGCGCUGGGGGUGAACGUCUCCGGGUGCGUGGCGGUGGCGAGGAGCGGCGGCGGGUUGUCGCGCGGCGCGGUGGUGGAAACGGCGGAGAAGUAUGGUUUGGCGGCGGUUCUGGUGUUCACCGACGGUGACACGUGGCGAGAGGGGUUUGAGCGUGGACACGUCAUGAGGGGUGGAAUAGGGGACCCACUGAGCCCUGGUUGGGGUGGGGUCAAUGGAGGAGAGAGUUUGGGUUUGGAAGAUAGUGAGGUUUUGAAAAGAUUCCCCAAAAUUCCAUCUUUGCCCUUAUCUUCUGAAAUUGCUGAAAGGGUCUUGUGUUCCCUUGGUGGUGGUCCUGUGCCCUCGGAAUGGAGGAGUACCCUAAAGUCCUCCAGUAUUAGGAAUGUUGGUCCUGGCCCCACACUCCUCAAUUUUAGUUAUCAGGGUGAAAAGAAGGUGGCUACUAUUGAAAAUGUUUUUGCGGUUAUAAAGGGAAUGGAAGAACCUGAUCGUUAUGUUCUGUUAGGGAACCAUAGAGAUGCAUGGACAUAUGGUGCUGUUGAUCCUAGCAGUGGGACAGCUGUUCUACUUGACAUUGCUCGUAGAUAUUCUCUUCUGUUGCGGUCAGGGUGGACUCCACGUAGGACCAUCAUUUUAUGCAGCUGGGAUGCUGAAGAAUUUGGAAUGAUUGGAUCCACUGAGUGGGUUGAGCAAAACCUUGUUAAUCUUGGUUCCAAAGCUGUGGCAUACCUUAACGUAGACUGUGCUGUUCAAGGGCGUGGUUUCUUUGCUGGCUCAACUCCUCAGCUAGAUAAUCUCCUUCUUGAGGUCACAAAAGAGAUCAAGGAUCCUGACACUGAGGGUACAACGAUAUAUAAGAAUUGGGCGGCCGCUGGUGGAAACUCUAAUGUAGAGCACUUGUUUCUACUUAUUCAGAGGCUCAGUAGAGUUGAUUCUGAUUUUGCCCCGUUUGUGCACCAUGCAGGGGUUCCAUCAGUUGAUGUGUAUUAUGGAAGAGAUUUUCCUGUCUAUCACACUGCUUUCGACUCCUAUUCCUGGAUGACUGUGUCUGGAGAUCCAUUCUUUCAGCGCCAUGUGGCUGUUGCUGGAAUAUGGGGGCUUCUAGCCCUUCGCCUUGCUGAUGAUUCCAUUAUACCUUUCAAUUAUCUUUCUUAUGCAGAUCAGUUACAGGUGUACAAUAACAUAUUGAGCAAUUUGUUAGAUGAGCGGAUUUCUCUACAUCCACUGACUAUCUCAAUUCAAGAAUUUGCUUCUGCUGCCAAAGAAGCUGAUGAUGAAUCAAAGACUCUGAGAUCGCAAGAAGCAUCAGAUCGUUUUUUAGAUAUGAAAAAACGGGCAUUGAAUGAUAGACUAAUGCUUGCUGAAAAAGGCUUCUUGGAUGCGGCUGGACUUCGAGGAAGGAAAUGGUUCAAGCAUCUUGUUUUUGGACCUCCUAGCGAUCAUGAAAGCAAAUUGGAUUUCUUCCCUGGAAUCGCUGACUCUAUGUCUAGGGCGAUCAAAAUGAGUGAAAAAGAAAGACUUGUAGCAAUUCAGCAUGAGAUCUGGAGGGUUGCCAGGGCUAUUCAUAGAGCUGCUUCAGCACUAAGAGGAGAAGUGACAUAAAACUAGUAGAAAAGAUGGAAAUCUUUGUCUUUUACCGGUAAAUGUCAGUUUCUUUUUGUCCAAGAGCAUAUAUUAGUCCUUAGGUCCAUUUUUACAUGUAUACCUACAACUGUACAAACGGCUUGUUCAUUGCUUCUUGGUUAGGAAUUUACUUAUUUUAUAUGGGUGUAAAUAACUUCUCCAUUUUGGCUAGUUUUUGUUUUCCUUUUAGGAUGUACUAAAAAUAUGUAUUAUAUGCUUUAUUGGUAGGUAAUUUUUUUAUCUAUAUCUGUUAAGUCAUUAAA